GUACUUACAACCAUCUCACCGUUCAUCUCCAUCCGAUUAAAUCUCAGCCGUCCACCGACCUCCGUCUCCGAAAGCGCGAGAAGAAUCUAAGAAAGAGCUCUUCCUCUCUCUCGCGCGCGCGUGCAUUGAUUUCCAGUUUUCAUUCUCAUUCUCUUCACGAUCUGGAAUUUCAAUCCAGCUACGAAUGAGCAGUGGAUUCUCAGUCUCUGAGAUAUUUUAAUCCGAGAAUUUUGGUGUUUUUUUGGUGGAAAAUUCGAUCAGGAUGGUGUGGUUCAGAGCGAUGGCCGCAUCGGCGGUUGCUCGAUCGGCGUUGAGGAGAACCCUAGCUCAACGGCCUCAUCGGAGCACCGCCGUCCGGCCAUUCCACUCGACGGUGCUUCGCCGGAAUGCUGCUCCAGUUCCCCGCCCGGUCCCGCUCUCACGGCUCACCGACAGCUUCCUUGAUGGCACGAGCAGCGUGUACCUCGAGGAACUCCAGCGAGCAUGGGAGGCUGAUCCUAAUAGCGUCGAUGAGUCCUGGGACAACUUCUUCCGCAACUUUGUCGGCCAGGCGGCCACCUCCCCCGGCAUCUCCGGUCAGACCAUUCAGGAAAGCAUGCGUCUUCUUCUUCUCGUCCGUGCUUACCAGGUGAAUGGCCAUAUGAAAGCUAAGCUAGAUCCGUUAGGGUUAGAGCAGCGUGAGAUCCCUGAUGAUCUUGAUCUUGCCUCUUAUGGCUUCACUGAGGCUGAUCUCGAUCGAGAGUUCUUUCUCGGAGUGUGGAGGAUGUCUGGGUUCUUGUCGGAGAACCGUCCUGUUCAAACCCUAAGGGAGAUUCUCACCAGGCUCGAGCAGGCCUAUUGUGGGAGCAUUGGAUAUGAGUAUAUGCACAUCCCUGAUCGGGACAAGUGCAAUUGGUUGAGAGACAAGAUUGAGACAGUGAAGCCAAGGUCAUAUAGUUUGGAUCGCCGUGAAGUUAUCCUUGAUAGGCUUAUUUGGAGCACCCAGUUUGAGAAUUUCCUUGCCACCAAGUGGACUGCAGCAAAAAGAUUCGGUCUUGAAGGUGCUGAGACAUUGAUCCCUGGAAUGAAGGAGAUGUUUGAUCGAGCAGCUGAUCUUGGUGUGGAGACCAUUGUCAUUGGAAUGUCUCAUCGAGGGAGGUUGAAUGUUUUGGGCAAUGUUGUUAGGAAGCCAUUGAGGCAGAUUUUCAGUGAGUUUAGUGGUGGUACCAAGCCUGUGGAUGAGGUUGGAUUGUAUACUGGAACAGGGGAUGUGAAGUACCAUUUGGGCACUUCUUAUGAUAGACCCACUAGAGGUGGGAAUAGAAUUCAUUUGUCUCUUGUUGCAAAUCCGAGCCAUUUGGAAGCUGUUGAUCCUGUUGUGGUUGGAAAGACCCGUGCGAAACAGUUCUAUUCUAAUGACACUGAGAGGACAAGAAACGUUGGAGUGUUGAUUCAUGGAGAUGGGAGCUUUGCAGGGCAGGGAGUUGUUUAUGAGACACUGCAUCUUAGUGCCCUUCCCAAUUAUACUACUGGUGGAACGAUUCAUAUGGUGGUCAACAAUCAGGUUGCAUUCACAACUGAUCCAAGGGCUGGGAGGUCUUCACAGUAUUGUACUGAUGUUGCCAAAGCCCUAAAUGCUCCAAUUUUCCAUGUGAAUGGUGAUGAUGUGGAGGCGGUGGUUCAUGUCUGUGAGCUUGCUGCUGAGUGGCGCCAAACUUUCCAUUCUGAUGUCGUUGUUGACAUUGUCUGUUAUCGUCGAUUUGGUCACAAUGAGAUUGAUGAGCCCUCUUUCACUCAGCCUAAAAUGUACCAGAUAAUUAGAAACCACCCAAAGGCACUUGAUAUUUACCAAGAAAAACUCCUAGAGUCAGGACAGAUUUCUAAAGAAGACAUUGAGCGGAUUAACAAAAAGGUUGAUACUAUCCUGAAUGAAGAGUUCAUUAACAGCAAAGAUUAUGUGCCCAGAAGAAGAGACUGGCUUUCAGCAUAUUGGGCUGGUUUCAAAUCACCUGAACAGAUAUCUCGUAUUAGAAAUACUGGUGUCAAGCCAGAGAUACUGAAGCGUGUUGGCCAAGCAAUCACAACUAUCCCUGAGAAUUUCAAGCCUCACAGAGCGGUGAAGAAGAUUUUUGAGCAGCGUGCUCAGAUGAUUGAGACUGGCGAAGGCAUUGAUUGGGCUGUUGGAGAAGCGCUUGCUUUUGCUACCCUUAUAGUGGAAGGUAACCAUGUAAGGUUGAGUGGCCAGGAUGUUGAAAGGGGUACAUUCAGUCAUAGGCAUGCUGUCAUUCAUGAUCAGGAGACUGGACAACAGUACUGUCCUUUGGACCAUCUCAUCAUGAAUCAAGAUGAAGAAUUGUUUACUGUAAGCAACAGCUCUCUUUCAGAGUUUGGUGUACUUGGAUUUGAAUUGGGUUACUCUAUGGAGAAUCCUAAUUCAUUGGUACUUUGGGAAGCUCAGUUUGGUGAUUUUGCUAAUGGUGCUCAAGUCAUAUUUGAUCAAUUCGUGAGUAGUGGAGAGUCAAAGUGGCUUCGCCAAACAGGGCUUGUUGUUUUACUUCCUCAUGGCUAUGAUGGUCAAGGUCCGGAACAUUCAAGUGCACGAUUAGAGCGUUUCCUUCAGAUGAGUGAUGAUAACCCUUUUGUCAUCCCUGAGAUGGAUCCAACUUUGCGGAAGCAGAUCCAAGAAUGCAAUUGGCAAGUAGUCAAUGUCACGACUCCAGCAAAUUACUUCCAUGUCCUGCGGCGUCAGAUACACAGGGAAUUCCGGAAGCCUCUAAUUGUUAUGGCUCCCAAGAAUCUGCUGCGGCACAAGGACUGCAAAUCAAAUCUUUCCGAAUUUGAUGAUGUUGUAGGCCACCUAGGAUUUGAUAAGCAAGGAACACGUUUCAAACGCCUAAUUAAAGAUCAGAAUGACCACAAAGAUCUCGAGGAGGGUAUUAAUCGUCUGAUUUUGUGUUCCGGGAAGGUUUAUUAUGAACUUGAUGAAGCAAGGAAGAAAACCGAGCGCAAGGAUGUUGCAAUAUGUAGAGUUGAACAACUUUGCCCAUUCCCCUACGACCUUAUCCAGCGAGAGUUGAAGCGAUAUCCAAAUUCCGAGAUUGUUUGGUGCCAGGAAGAGCCUAUGAACAUGGGCGGAUACACUUAUAUAAGCCCCCGUCUAUGCACAGCAAUGAAGGCCCUUGGCAGAGGAACAAUGGACGACAUCAAAUACGUUGGUCGGCCACCGUCAGCUGCCACCGCCACCGGUUUCUAUUCUGUUCAUGUUCAGGAGCAGACCGAGCUUGUCCAAAAGGCAUUGCAACGAGAACCGAUCCAGUUCUAAUUCGACACUUGAUUGUAUGUAUGUAUGCAUCAUUGCUUUAUAAAUAAGUUUAGGACAAGAACAUAUAUUGCCACCUUCUUCAUUCUCAUGCAUGGUUGAGGUAGUUCAACCCUUAGAAAUGUUAUUUCCAAAAUUUUAAGUGUGUUGUUACCACUUAUGAUGCAGCAGCAAAUAAUACCUGUGCAUGCAUGCGAUGUGAACUUGUUUGAUUUUUUUUUUUUCUUUGUUUGAGACAAUAUUUUUGUAACUAUAUGAUGCAAUUCAGUUCAACGAGGGUGGCAUGCAACUUGGUUCA